AUGUCUAUGCGUUGGGUUCACCAACAGUUAAACGGAGAAAAGACGAGUAUUGCUAUGAGUUCGUUGCACUACCAGUCGUUUCUUUUCUUGUGCUUCUAUGCUGCCGUUCAGGCUCCAUACAGAGAAGGCGAUAUCAUGUUGGGCGGACUUUUCAGCGUGCACCAGCCGCCAGACAAGCCAGGGAGCCAAUGUGGAGAGACAAAUUUGAGAGAACUUGGUCGCAUGCAGGCCAUGAUCUUCGCAAUCGAACGAAUAAACAAUGACACAAGUCUUCUUUCUAACAUUUCCCUUGGAUAUGACGUAAGGGAUUACUGUGGAAACCUUUCAAAAGCUGCAAGACUUGUUUACAAACUUUUGACUAUUGAUACUUGUGUCAAUUUAAGCCAAAAUGCCACAAGAAAGAAAGCCAUUAUUUCUUUAAUAGGCCCAAGCGAAUCGAGCACUGCGCUAUUUAUUGCAGGAUUUCUUCGGAUGCUCAAUGUUUCGAGCAUUAGCGGAUCAGCGACUAGUGCAGAACUUAGCUCCCUUACCUAUGAUCAUUUAUUUCGAACAGUGCCUUCGGAUACUUUUCUUGCAAAAGCGAUGGUUGACUUGGUUACACACUUCAAUUGGAGUUAUGUUGCUGUCGUUGGACUUGAUGAUUCGUAUGGACGAAAUGGAGUAUGGGCAAUAGUUAGCGAAAGUACUUCAAGAAAAAGCACUUUCUGUAUUGCUUUGACGGAGUUUAUACGGAUCGAAAGUCUGACUCUGAGUAUUUCGAACAUUGUUCGAAAGCUUAAACAGAUGGGUAAUAUCAGAGUUGUGAUCUUAUGGCUAUACAAAAAUUACCAAACAAAGUUUUUGGCAGAGGUUCAGAGGCAAAACCUAACUGGACGUGUGUGGAUUUUGAGCGAGGUUCACUUAACUUCUACACUGCCAGUAGAAGGUAUUCUCGACAGCUCUUUGGGAUUUCUAUUCCAUGAAUUCAGCGACUCUGGUUUCAAGAAAUAUUUAAAAGAUAUAUUGGUCAGGGAGAGAGACAGUAAAAGUUUUCCUGAAUGGAAUUACAGUACAAGCGAAAUACGGAAGCUUUUGAAGAGCAAGAAGUGUGUUCAUCGCCAAAUUGAGCAAUGCACUAAAGACUUGAUUGAAGAAAUCUACAGCUCCUAUGUUCCAAACAUCAUCGACGCAGUAUAUACCGUGGCACAUGCACUACAUAUUUUCAAUAAAAAUUUUAGCUAUAACGAGACCAAAGAUCGGGCGAAAUUGCAGGUAGCCAAUAGUUUUGACGUGCAGAAGCUUCUUGGCAAAGUCAGUUUUCACGGACUAACUGGAAAAAUCAACUUCGAUCGAUUUGGUGACAGGGGCUCGGCCUAUUAUGACAUUUUCAGGUUUAAAAAAGUACCCAAUGGAGAUGUCGAGAGCAUAGAAAUGGUGAUGAUAGGAGAAUGGAAAAAUUCAAAGAGAAACAAAACUCGCUUGAUUUUUCAUGAAGCCCUGAAUUGGACGACUACAUCUGGUCGCCCUCCCAAAUCUGAAUGCUCGGAACAAUGUCCUCCCGGAACAAGGAAAUCUUUUACCUCUCCUUGUUGUUGGCAGUGCCUUCCGUGUCUUGGUGGAACCAUCAGCUCAUCCGCUGGUUCUGAAAGCUGCAGUGAAUGCCCCAUCGGAACAAUGUCUAACCAGGCUAAGACAGAAUGUGUCGCUUUACCUUCUGCGAACAUAAGUUAUAGUAGUGCGAGUGGAAUUGUAAUUCUUACCUUUGCUACGCUCGGUGUAGUUGCUACAUUACUUUGUCUGGCAGCCCUCUAUAAAUUCUGGAAUAGUCCCAUUGUAAAGGCUUCCAAUCGAGAAGUAAGCCUUAUUCUUUUACUCGCAAUUCUGUCUUUAUUGUCUUUGGCAUUCAUAAAUGUCUUUAUAUCCACCAAUGCAAUUUGCAAGAUCAUAUACCCGUUACGUUAUCUGACCUAUAACUUCUGUCUCUCCAUCUUAUUGGUUAAGGUGUUGCUUAUUUCCAGUGCUUUUCAGGUUCCCAUUUCGACCAGUUUGGAAUUCACUUCUCUCUCAAACAAAGCACAAGUUGGGAUUGUUAUAGCAUCUCUAGCUCCACUGUUGUUGGUAUUGAUGCCAUGGUUGCUUUUGAAUCCACCCUUUAACAAGCAACAUAUCUAUCCGAAACGUUACACCUUUAACGAAUGCAAGGCAUACUCUAGCUCAGUUGGAAAAUCUCUAUUCUUAGCAACAUGUUUUUAUAUUUUCUUCCAAAUGCUUUUGUCCACGUUCUGUGCCUUUAAGAUUAGGAAGAUUCCUGAAAAUUUCGGCGAGGCCAAACGAAUCGCCUUUUCCAUGUACAUAUUUUUGUUCUCAUUGCUUUGUUAUCACCCGGUAGAAUUGUCCAUGGUUGGAUGGUAUGUAACGGUUGUGGAUUGUGUAACAACUCUGUUGAGCGCCUAUGGUUUCCUUUGUUGUCUAUUUUUGCCCAAAAUGUAUAUUCUGUUCUUUAGGCAGGAGAUAAACGAUGUGAAUGGCAUCAGACAAGAAGUCACUCAGUUCUCGUUUAGAUCAAGUACGCGUACGUACGUACGCGGAAACCGUGCUUUUGAUAGUACUAAGAUUAGUAAUUUUGACAGUACUUAA